AUGGAUCAGUUACGUGGCUACAAAUCAAACUGUAGAUUCUCACUUGGGAGACCCAAGUUUGGAUCUAUCAAGUUUAAAAUUCCAAACUCAUCAUCACAACCUUUCAUUUCUGAACAAAGAAAAGAGAUGGAAGAAGAAGGUCCAGCUGAAGAAGAAGAAGCUAAGAGUAUUAGUUUCAGGGAAGAUGAGGGUGAUGACGAUGGGGCUAAGAGUAUUAAUCUAGAAGGAGAAGAAGAGAAGAAGCAUAUAUGUAGUGAAUGUGGUAAACGUUUCAAGUCAGGUAAGGCGUUGGGUGGUCAUAAAAGGAUCCAUGUGCUGGAAGCUCGGAAAUUCUCAAUGGUGAGACCGAAGAUGGUGGUGUCUGGUGGUGAGGUUGGUAGAUCUGAGACUUCAGAGAGAGAUGAUUUCGAAGUUGAUUGUUGUGUUUGUCAUAAGAAGUUUACAUCCAUGAAGGCUUUGUAUGGACACAUGAGGUUUCAUCCAGACAGAGGAUGGAAAGGUGUUUUGCCUCCUCAUCAUCAUCAUCCACUUGGUGAUGAUCAUGAUGGUGAGUUUAUAAGCUCUGAUUAUGAUGAUGAUGAUGAUGAUUAUGAGGAGGAGGAGGAUGAGAACUUGGAGUUAUGGGAUAAUCAUUGGGAACUGGGAAACGUGGUUGACCUUAAGGACUCGAUCAAAGAAGGAUGGGCGGCGACAGGGAAGAGAGGAAGGAGAAGUGCUUUGAAGGAUCCUCCACCUUCAGAAGAAGAAGAUAAUAUUGAUGCUAAGGAUCUAUUGUUCUUAGCUACUACAGCUGAAGCUGUUGAUCUCGAUGCUGCAGAGGCUAGUGAUUCGCGUUCCGUGGAAGAGAUGAUGAAGAAGAGGAGAAAGAAGAAGAAAAGAUUGUCUGAGAUGGAGAAAGAGUCAUCACCAAGUCAUGAUCAUCAUCAUCAGCUCGAGGUUGGUGUUGCUUCUGCUGCUGCUGCUGAGGUAAGUGGUGGUGGUGCACGUGAGAAGCACGUGUGUGUGACUUGCAACAAGUCGUUUGCUUCUUAUCAAGCUUUAGGAGGUCAUAGAGCGAGUCACAACAAGGUCAAGAUUUCGGAGAAUCAUCAAGCUAGGGCAAACGGUGAAGCUUUGUUACUUGGAACCGAAGCAAUGGUAACCGGUUUAGCUAGUGCUCAAGGACCAAGCACUUCUUUGAGCAUUAGCAGUAAGGGAGAUCAUGUUUGUAACAUUUGUCAGAAAAGUUUCGCAACAGGUCAAGCUCUUGGAGGUCACAAGAGAUGCCACUGGCCUGGACCAGCUUCUAAUGAGGCUGCAACCGCUCCUGCACCAGUUUCUAGUGAGUUUGCAACCGCCGCUUCAACCUCUCUAGUAGCAGGCUCUUCUAGUCAAGUAACAGAGACAGUGGAAGAGGUGAAGAAAUUGAAGAGAAAGUUUCUAGAGUUUGACUUGAAUGAGUUGCCACCUAACGAAGAGUAA